AUGGCGCAACAUAUAAUUAACCAGCGUCCAAUCUCAAACCGUCACAUCUCUCGCCUUUGUCGCAAGGGUUUCUUCCUCUUCCUUUUCGCUCUCCUUGUUCUCCUCGGUGUAUUCUUACCUUGGUUAGGAUCUCCCUUAUUGCCAUUUCCAUACAAAACCUCCUCUUCUUCUUCUUUUCCUCCCUCGCUCUCGUAUUGGCGCGAGUAUUCCUUGACGCAAGCCACCAAGUUUGUCGCUAAGAACGGGUCGACGGUGAUUGUCUGUGCCGUUAGCUAUCCUUUCUUGCCUUUUCUUAACAACUGGUUGAUUAGCGUUUCUAGACAGAAUCAUCAAGAAAAGGUUCUUGUGAUCGCUGAAGAUUACGCUACUUUGUACAAAGUCAACGAGAAGUGGCCUGGUCAUGCUGUUCUCAUCCCUCCAGCAUUGGAUUCUCAAACCGCACAAGAUUUCGGUUCCCAGGGUUUUUUUAAGUUUACAUCUCGGAGACCACAACAUCUCUUGGACAUUUUGGAGCUAGGUUACAAUGUUAUGUACAACGAUGUUGAUAUGAUUUGGCUGCAAGAUCCGUUUCAGUAUUUAGAGGGAAACCACGACGCAUACUUCAUGGAUGACUUGGCUGAAAUAAAACCUGUGAGUCACUCCCAUGAUUUACCACCUCCGAAUCGAAACGGGGCCACAUACAUAUGUAGCUGCAUGAUUUUCUUGCGUCCAACUAAUGGCACUAAGCUUCUAAUGAAUAAAUGGAUUGAGGAACUUAAAACCCUAUCUUUGGCUAAAGCUACUGAAGGAAAUGAUCAACCUGCUUUUAACUGGGCACUUAACAAAACAGCUCAUGAGGUAGAUGUUUACCUGCUUCCGCAAGCAGCUUUCCCAUCAGGGGGAUUGUACUUCACGAACGAAACAUGGGUUAAGGAGACAAAUGGGAAACAUGUUAUAAUCCACAAUAACUACAUUACCGGUUACGCCAAAAAGAUGAAACGUUUCCGCGACUUUGGUCUAUGGCUAGUCGAUGAUCAUGUUUUUGAGUCCCCACUAGGAAAAUUACAGUAA